GCUAGGAGAGGCAACGUUCCCCAGAAAUCACAGCACCAGGGCCUUGAUGGGGAAAAGCUAUCGAGUUUCCCACUGAAGCAGGCCUUUGAAUGUCACUUUGCAAAGAAAUCAAGACACUGGGGGCAGCGUUUACUGGCUUCCCUUCACGCACAUGACCAGCUCCAGAGGGAGGAGUUUGUUCCCACGGCUACCGAGUCGAGCGAAGGGGGUAGGGGCAGGUGGCUCCCUUGGAGCUUCUGGGUUUGGGAGCCGGAUGUGCAGUCUGCAGCACGGCAAAAGCAGGAGUGAAUGGGAGAUGAUCAGUGCCCCCCUCCCUCCCAGCCCCACGGCAAGAAGCAAGUCUCAAUGAAUCAUUCAAAAAACAGGAGAAACAAACCUCAGCUGUGUCUGUCAGAGGUGCUGUUACAAUGAAUGAGAAUAUCCAGGAAUUAAGGGAGAGACUGGAAAAACAGCCAAAAGAGUCUCUGAAACUCCACAAAGAAACCACCAAAUGCAUGGUGGAAUCAAUGAUACAUUCUUUGAGUCAUGAGGAAUCUUUACCAAGUGGCAAUAUGCCUAGUGUGGGCAAGUAUUAAAUAGAUUUCAGAAGAUUUGGGAAUAAAUUACUAUAAACAUUGCAGACCGUUAUGUGAUUUAGAAGUUCAUGUUACAUAUUUCAAGUUGAAUCCUCUUUAGGCCCUGUGUCUUGAACAGCUCUUGUCGGCACAAGCCCAAGGUAAAGGCAGAGCAGCUCUGAAGUGUUCUCUGAACACCCAGGUUCACACAGCCAGUGGGGGAUCCUGGAAUUGGCUGGAUUUGUUCUACUUAGAAAAGAUGAUUCCUAGGUUGUACCAUUGGUAGGCACUAAGAGGCACAAAUGCCCAGUUGUACAAAUAAUGGAUUAUUCUCAUGUAUGACUUUUGCUUCAGCAGUUAAAUUUAUCUGCCUUUCAGGUGCUGCUAGUCCAUUUCUCAGCAACCAGAAUGUUUCAGCUUCUUCCAUUCUCAGCACAGUGAUGAAAAGCUCAGCCUGUUCUAGUACCACUAGCAGUCCACCCAAUAAUGUCUUCUGUUCCAAAUAUGAAAUACAUACCGAUUCUGAGAAAGAAAAUGUGAGUGGUGCUGGCAAAGAACACAUGGAAAACAUUCUAGAAGAAUGCUCGCAGAAAGGCAGAGAUGCUCAGAAGAGGCUUAAUGAAACUACUGAGCUACAUGAGCAACAGAAAAGCAAUUUAAGGUUGAUCAUUGCUGAUUUGCAGACCAAACUGAUGGAAGUGCAAUUGGAAAGAGAUGCGCUUCAGGAUGCUAGACAAAAGGAAUCCCAGAGCCAAGAGAAUAUCAAAAUACAGCUGAAAACUACUAUUAAAAAACUGGAAGCUGCCAGCCGCCUGCAGGAGGAGAUGCUAAGGGAGGCUGACAGCCAAACUGAACAUCUGGAAAAGAUGGUCCACAGCCCCAAGGAAGUACUUCUGGAAAUCCGUGGCAUCCUCAUGGACUACGAAGACAGCACAGGCAGGAAACUCUGUGACCAUGAGAAUAUUACUAGCCAACAGAUGCACAGCCUGAGCACAGGACUUGCUGACGUACUGCAAUAUUUAGACUCAGAGGUGUUAUACCUCAAAGAAAAGGUUGCCCUGGUAGAAGAAGAACUUGAGUCACUGAAAAAAGAUUCACAAACCCCAAAACAACUGCUUCAGCAACACCAAAAUAGGAUUGAGCAACUAGUAAGUGAGCAUGAACAGGAGGUGGCAGCACUGACUGAUAAAGCCAAUGCACAUAGCUGUGCAAAUAGUAUGGAAAGCCAGGUGGAGAUCAUUCAAGAACAAACAAGAAAUCAGAAUUCAGUGCAUGCACAUCAAGUUAGUCACUUGGAAUCUACAGUUUCUGAGCUGCGUUCUGAAUUACAAGAAGCUAAGAGGAUAUAUGAAGACAAGGUCAAAGAUCUUGAGAAGCAGUUGCACCUAGUUCUUUCUGAGGUGGCAGAAGCUCAGACAGAGCAGGAUCAAAGCAGCCAAGAAUCUGGAUAUCCGAAAACCCAGACUUAUCAGUUACUGCUUGAACUUUGUAAAAAAGAGAUAGAACUAGAACCUGAACUGCUAGAAAAAGAGCAGAACAAGCGAAUCUGGGAUCAGAACACAGACAGCAGCAUCACCAUUGACCAUCUAAAGAGACAACUAGACAACAAAACCAAGCAACUUCAGCGUAUGGAAAACCCAGCAAAGGAAAUGAGGACUGAAUGUCAGAGAGAACUGAAGUACCAGAUGGCUGCAAUUAAGGAAAAAAAUGAAAGCAUUGGUAGAAUCUCCUCUUUGACUGUCCAGCUGGAGUCAACCGAGGAAACGCUCCGUAAAGUUAAAGAAGAUCUUACAGCCAAACAGAUCGCUUUGGAGAUUGCUGAGAAAACAGUGUCAAAUAUGACAGCCUGUCUGCAGGAGAAAGAGAGAGCCCUUGAUGCUACCAGUGAGGAAAUUGAGAAGCUGCAUUCACAACUUAGCAGUAGGAUGGAGGAGUUCCAGCGUCUCAAGAAUGACGACCGUUUACAUUAUGUCCAGUCAGAGUGUGAAACACUGAAACUGCAGGUAUCAGAGAAGGAAAGGAUUAUUGAGAUCUUCCAAAAGCAAAUUGAUAACAUGACCCAGACUGUGGGCCAGCACAGUCGAGCUGCUGGAGCAAUAGAAGUUGAGAAAUCCCAGCUUAUAAAAGAAAUAGAUGACUGGAAACUCAAAGCAGAAGAACUUAAGAUUGCAAAGGAUGAGAAGGAAACCAGAAUACAUGAAGUGGAAGCCAGACUGAGUGAACUGGAACUGGAGAAGGUUAAACUGGUUAACACCUGCACUGAGAGGCUCCAUGCACUUAAUGAUAUGAAACUGGAAAAAGAACAGCUAAUGAAUGAACUUGAAGCCAGUCAGUGUGAGCUAGCUGGCCUUGCAGAGGGAUUUGAAGAUUUGAAGAGGGACUACCAGGAUAAAAUCAAGGAGAUGGAAAAUACAGCAAACAGACUGAAAAUGCAGUUGAAAUCUGCCCAAGCUGAAUUGGAACAGAGCAGGACUGCUCUAAAGGCUAUGGAAGGAUAUGAUGGCAAUGCUAUAAAAGUUGCAGUGGGAAUGCAGAAGCAGAUCACAGCCAAGAGAGGACAGAUGGAUGCGUUACAGAGCAAGAUUAAAUUCUUGGAAGAAGCAAUGACAAAUGCAGCUAAGGAGAAGCAUUACCUCAGAGAAAAAAAUAGUAAGCUAGGUCAAGAAUUGAGCUAUAUUACAUCAGAAAACACCAGGAUUGCUGGGGAACUGAAGAUCCUGCAAUCACAAGACAAACUUCUAAAAGAAAAAAUAUCCAAGAUGGAGACAGCCCUUGAUAAGGCAUCGCUGCAAUUUGCAGAAUGUCAGUGCAUAAUCCAGUGUCAGGAACAAGAAGCAAUGCGCUUCAGACUGCAGCAUACUUUAGAUGUAAAAGAGCUGCAGAGCCGAGGCUACUUGACACCUUUUCCUUCAGGCAGGCUGUGGCACAUAGCACCCCUUUCCCACCUGCACUCAGCUGUCAUGCCACCCUCCCUGAAUUUGGCCAGCUGUGUCACUGAAGUGAGUACCUGUCUCAAAAUGGGAGACUGCACAGGAAACAGGGAUGUUCCAAAAAGUAAAAAUAAUGUGGGAUUGAUAAAUGGGAGAGCAUCUAGCAGGACUGUCCAAGAAUCUCAAAUGUCUUCCAAGCCAGACAUUUUGAAGGAUGAACCAUUGCAGGAUCUAAAGAGGAUUCUUCAAGAGUUAACAAGCUCAGGCAACGAUAUUCCCUCUGUGGAUCUUGGCGAGGAUGGCAGCAAUGGUGGGAGAAAAUCACCUUUAGCAACCAUGGAGACUGCAUCUAAAGACUCUGCUACUGAAAACAGCAUGGAAAAGGAUACUUGUGGAUGGGAUCCUUUACCCUUCCAUACAGCAGACCUUCAGUCCCAAGACGUUACCCUGCCCUAUACAUCCCUUGGAGGUGCAUCCAUCUUCUCACCAGCUUCUGACUAUACAUCUGCCCCCAAGAAGGUGUCUCAGGAGCAGAGACACAGAGAAAAGUCUCCAGUGCACUUGUUGUUAACUGCUCCACCGCAUGACCUUGCAGCUGGCUCCAGUGCCUCACCACAGCACAGACCAUCCGCACAGAAGGUCUACUCUCCAGAGGGUGCAGCCACAGUCCCCCAUAUAACUUCUCAGCCCAUGAAAAAUAGUAAGGAUACACAUAGGAGACCACAGAACAAGAUGGAAAGCCUGCAGAACCUGAUGGGACUGUUAAAGAUAAAAAACCAAGACACAUCACCAGUGAUCAGAACUCAUGAAGUGAAGACAGAGAAAGCAAAGGAAAAGGAGAAAAAGCUAUUGAAGGGAAGACGCUUUGUACAUUAAGGAUUACUUUCAUGUAUGUACAUUGUGUUUAAGUUAUAUUUUUAAAGAUUAAUAAUAAAAGGUCUUA